UGUGUUCUCCUCAGGUGCAGUGAUGCCAUCGACUCAGAUGUCUCCUGAUAAUUCCGAGUGUGACAGUUAUAUGUACACGAAAAAUGUCGUCCCAAUUCUCUACUUUUUGAUGUUUCCCAUAGCGUUGUUGCUGAAUAGUGUGGCAGCCUGGGUGUCCCUGCACCUCAAGUCCACCUCCACCUUGGUGGUGUACUUGAAAAAUCUAGUAGCUGCCGACGUUAUUAUGACCUUGAUUAUCCCAGUCAAAGCAGCAAGUGACUUGUCAGGUGCUUCUGAUGCAUUAUUUGAAUUUUCAUGCAAUUAUUUCAAAGCCAUUUUCUACAGUGCACAGUACACAUGUAUUACUUUGUUGGGCCUUAUCAGUCUGGACCGUUUCUUCAAGAUCAUGAUACCCCGGAGCAAGCUGUUUGGUCAGAAUCUGACCUUUAGCAAACUGAUAUGUGGCUCAGUCUGGCUAGUACUCUUUGGAGGCACAGCUUUACCAAAUAUUUUAAGUAACCAAUCAGUAGCCAAUAUGACAAAGCCCAGCACUUGUAUGAAGUUUAAAGGACCAGCUGGACUUGAAGUCCAUCAAAUGGUUGUGAUUUACCUGAACGUUCUCUUCUGGCUCAUCAGUGUGGUCAUUGUAGUUUGUUACAUUUCCAUCGCCAACAAGGUUAUACAGUCUUUUCGAAAAUCUGGCAGCAAUAACAAGAAGGGAAAGCAGAAGAUAAAACUACGUGUCUUUAUGACUGUCAUUGUGUUUUUUGUAUCGUUCACACCGUACCACAUUGUCAGGAUCCCAUACACUUUUCAACAAGUCAAAAAUUCCAAAAGUUCAUGCCCUUACUCAGAGAGUAAGUUUGGCAAGGAGUUCAGCCUCUGGCUUGUCAGCACAAAUAUCUGUAUGGACCCACUUCUCUAUGUCUUUUUGUGUCAAGAAUUCAAGGAGAAACUGCUGUCUAUGAUGAAAAAUAUCUCCGUCUCAUUUAAAGUGUCUUCAGCAGCCAAAGCAGAGGCUAAGUGA